CUGUGCUCCACUGCUCAAGACCCCUCCUUCAUGACCUUGUGCAGGCAGAGUCUUCUCUGGAAGCUUCCACCCACUCUGCUCUCUAUAAAGGUAGACAAAGUAGCCAGCAGAGUACAGAGGCUGAGAUCAACACAGAAACCUCCAACUCUCUCAUUUCACCAUGCAGAUCUCCACAGUGCUUCUGUGCCUGCUGCUCAUGACCACUGCCUUCACCUCCGAGGUGCUGGCUCACCCGGGCUCUAUCCCAGCUUCCUGCUGUUUCAUCAUGACCAGUAAGAAGAUCCCCAACUCGCUACUGAAGAGCUACAGGAGAAUCACCAACAGCAGGUGCACCCUGAAAGCCGUAGUCUUCAUGACCAAGUUGGGCAAAGAGAUCUGUGCUGACCCCAAUCGAAAGUGGGUCAAGGAUGCCACAAAACACCUGGACCGAAAAUUCACAGCUCCCAAACUGCUACAAGAACCUCGCCUUUUGAGACUAAACCAGAGCCUUUCUUAGGUUCCUUCUUUUUCCUAAGAUGUGCUCUGAGGUAAUCUCUGCACCAUUCCCAAGGACUUGGCUUCAUGUGGUUAUAGAGGGAACUGGAACUCAUUAUGUUUGGUGAAAUAGGCCAGACUCGAACGAUUGUGCAAUUUCUUGCAUAUGCAGAAUCUGAAGAUGGGAGCAUGAAAUUGGAUGUGGGAUUAGUGAGGAAUAAGAUGGAAAGGGGUGGAGAGGGCAGUUGAGGAUAAAAGGGGUAAAUAUGACCAAAAUACCUUAUGGAUAUAUUUGGAAAUGUCAUAAUAUGAUCCAUUGUUUUGCACAAUUAAUAUACACUAUUAAAAUGUUAAUAUUUUAAAACAUGUUACAUUUAAAUAAUUAAAGUUUAAAGCACAUUUUUCAUGAAUAUCUGUUUGUUUGUUUGUUUGUUUGAAACAGAGUCUCACUAUAUCACCCUGACUGACCUGGAACUCAAUAUGUAGACCAGGCUGACCUCAAACUCAUAGAGACUCUGCUUCUAAAGUGCUGGAAUUAAGGGCAUGUGCCACCAUGCCAAGCCUCAAUGUUUUUUAUUGUUAUAUACCAAUAAUAAAUAAUACAACAUUUUACCACAACAUUUUUCCACAUGUCAUUUUUAAGAUCUAAAGCUUUGAGAAACCUGUCUCUCUAUUAGUCCUGAUUAAGUCUUCCUGUGAUCUUCUCUCCAUUUACCAUGGAAAGGUCAUGGAAGUGUUUUGUAUUUCCAGGAGGAUAUUGUUAUUGUGGCUAUACGGUGUGUGGUAUUAAAUGAAAGUGAAUUGGUUUGGGCAUUCAUGAAAUCCAUGCAUAUCUUAUUACCACUGCAGUUGUGUUUGUUUGUUUGUUUGCUUGCUUUGGGGGGGGAGGUUGUUCGUCUUUUUUUUUGGAGGUUGUUUGUAUGUUUACUUGUUUGUUUUGUGAGAAAGCCCAUUCAUCUGGGGUGGAAUAAA